AUGGAGAUAGAUAAUAAAGUGCUCAGAAUCAAACUCGAAGAUUUCGCUACUUUUCUUGAAAAAGAAUUAAAUAAUAAAUACGCCCAGGGGUUAGAGGGGCUUAGAGAUAGAUUCCAAACUCUUAUGGUCAUUUUUAAGGAUAUUAUGACUUAUACUUAAGAAAUUUAUGUUCAAGCGAUUGUUGAAUCUAUAAUGUUUGUACUAAAUAUGAUAAUAAAUGAAUACUCAACAAAGGUUCUUGAUAAUGUAUUUGUCUAGGAGUUUCUUUCUCAUAUCUAGGAGAGAGUUGAGUUUAUAUAUUCAUAAUUUCACUUGCUAGAAUAAAUGGACCUUAAAGACAAAAAAUCAAGCAGUAAAUUAAAAUUUUGUUUAAGAAGAUUAAAUAUUUUAGAGCUAAUCAAUAGCUUAUGUCAGAAGAUAGCUGUGUUGAUACUUAAAAUUCCACCAAGCAUUAUUGAAAUUCAAAAGAGAUACGAUUUAAGCAUGCCUCUCUUGAAAUUUAUCUCUGAUGCUUUUUUUAAGCUUAGAGAUCCUGUAAAUAAGUACAUUGAGAGACUAAGUGAUAUGAGGCUUCUAAAAAAUAUGAUGAUUAGGAAGCAUACCAAAGAAUCUAUCGCUAAUUUUCUAUCUGUUUUAUGCCCAAGAGAUCAAGAAAAUAGUAAUCAGGGAAGUAGUGGAGGGGCAAGUACCAAAACACAAAAAACUAAGAGGGAAUAAAUAUUUGAAGAGCUGAAUACAAUGAUAGGAUUUACCAAGAGAUUAGAAUUCCAAAUUAGAAAAUGUCUAGACACUCCGAUUAAGCUUUUUAAAAUUAUUAGAAGUUCUUAAACUAAGCAGCAUCCUUAUGGAAAAGAUCUUCUUUCUGAUGAUUUGAAAUAAGAUGAUUUGAAUAAAAUCUAUAAAUAUACUUAAAACCUUACAGGAAACCCCUUUACUCUUGUUGAUUUUCAUUUGGCCGAUGCAAAUUUGAAUGAACUCAUUCAUUCAAUAUAGCUUCUAGAUCAAUAGAAAUUACUUUAAAAAGAGUUAUUAAUGUAGCCUUUAAUAAGAGAAGGCUUCGAGGAGAUUCAGCCAUUUGAUAUGAAUGAAUUCAAAGAUUAUGUUGAGAAAGUAAAGAAAAUCAACAAUAAAAUAAGAAUGAUUUAUGAAUUCUAGGCAUAUGAUUUAGAUCCAAAUAAUUCAUUGAGGAGUAAGGACAUUUAAGAUUUGAUAGAUUCCUUAAAGUUUUAGCAUGAUUUCAUUUACGAGAUUGAGCAUUUGUAUAAACUAUAUCUUCAAAUAAAAGCGAGAGUAGAAAAAUUCUGUAACAAAGAGUUCAUUCAAAUCAAUUCAGACUACAAUUGCAUUGAGGUGUUUAUUGAAGAAUUUUAAAAAUGA